UUCAUUUGAUGUUGCUAAAGAGAACUUCAAACUUUUUCAGUAAUUAAAAAUAACUUAUAUAUCCAUUAAGGAGUAUUAGUACAUCCAGGUUCGUCGCACCCGUGGGGGAUAACACCCACACUUUUCCCGGUGAGAGGCUACAACACCCGCACUUUUUCUGCAGUUUUUCCGCUGUUUUGCACAAACGCCUUACAGCAGUCGCUCCUCCGUUUCUCUGGCCGCUCUGUGUCUGCGCUCGCUGCGGCUCGCCCCUCCCUCUCAAACAUGACACCGCCUUUGAGUGUGACCGGCUGAUGAUUGGCUGUUCUGCCUUAAGUCCCGCCUUUCUUGGUGUGUUAGAUUUAUCGGUCAGCUUGUGCUGAGGAGGCGGGAACUUAUGAUUUACAUCUCCCUUUUCCAGGUGUGAAGAAUUGAAUACCCCAAUGACAAAUGAGCUCAGUACAAUUCUUAGAGACAGUAAAUCAAUAGAUGGACCCACUACAAGAUAUAUACUCAACACAAAGAAGAUUAUUCAGAGUGAAUUACUGAAGAAAGAGAGAAUUGGAGAAAAUGAUGAUAAAACACCUAAUAAGGUCAUACUGCUGGUUGGAGAAACAGGAACAGGGAAGACCACUCUCAUCAAUGCAAUGGUCAACUACAUCAUGGGUGUCAGAUGGGAGCACAGAAUGUGGCUAGAGAUCAGUGAGUGUCUUGAUGAGAAGUCUCAGACAACAGCAGUGACAGUUUAUGAGGUUUUUGCACGGGACAGUCCAUUCUGUCUCACCAUUAUUGACACACCUGGAUUUGGUAACACACAAGGCCGUGAAAAAGACAAACGCAUUGCUGAAGCUUUAGAGCAGUUGUUCACAUCUGAGGAUGGGAUUCAUGAAAUUGAUGUUAUUUGUCUUGUACUGAAGGCAUCUGAGUCCCGACUUCAUGAGAGACAACUGUACAUUCAGGAUGAAAUUCUGUCAUUGUUUGGUAAGAAUUUGGAAGAAAAUAUCUUAAUACUCCUCACAAACUCUCAUGCAAAUGUCCCCAAAAGAUUACUUCAUUUUAUUAAAGCAUCCAAAAUUCCAUGUGCAAAGGAGAAAGAUGGUCACCCUGUUUAUUUUACGUUUGACAACUGUCAGAGUGAAUGUUAUGAUGAGGAAGACAGAGAGAGUUACAAAUCAUCAUGGGAUCAUGGAAUUGAAAACUUCAAGCAGUUCUUUGAUUAUUUGAAUGUAAUCAACCCAGGACAUUUGAAUAUGACUGCAGAUUUGCUUAGUGCCCGAAAACAAUUGGAUGAAAAUGUGGACAAAUUGAAGAAUAAACCUAUAGCUCUAGAAACGCUAAAAAGGAAGAUUGAAGAUGCCAAACAGAAUCUGGGGGAACUAGAAGCAUACAGAAUAACAAUGAACAACUUUGAAUAUGAAGUUGAGGAGUUCUUUGAAGAAAAAGUCCACAUGGAGUCAUCAUGGUGGCAUUUGGCAACCUGCUGCACUGUGUGUGAAGAGAACUGCCAUCCAGGAUGCUGGUGUUUCACAGAUCUCUCAUGGUGUAGUGUGAUGUCGAAAGGAAACUGCACAGUCUGCACUGGAAAGUGUCAUUACACUAAACAUGUGAAAGAUGAUAAAAUAUAUGUUAUUGUGAGCAGGAAGGUAACAAAAACAGAGGAAAAUAUGAAAGAGAAAUAUGAAAAAGACGUUGGAGAAGAACAGGGUUUGAUAAACAAACUGCAGACUAAUAUCAAGAAGAUUGAAGAAGAGAUGAUCGAGCUUUUGGAAAAGUGUUACCAGUGUUUAGAGAAAUUAAUGGAAACUUCCUUAAAAUCUACCAGCCGGUCUUCUUUCAGACAUCUGGACUUCAUGAUUGAGAAAGUGAAAGAAACUGGAAAACAAGAAAGAGUUCGAAAACUUGAGGAACUUCAAAUAAAAGCUCAGGAGGAAAACAUGGGACUAAUGAGAAGAUUUUUAUAGAAAACUAAAGGUCCUUAAACAUGUAUUCUGUUAAAUUAUGUGCCAUAACCAGUGUUGGGUAAGUUACUCUGUAAAAGUAAUUAAUUACUAGUUACUAAUUACACAUUCGAUAAUGUAAUUAGAUUACUGUACAAGUUACUCUCUUCAAAAAGUAUUUAAUUACUUAUUACUAAUUACUUUCUAUAUCCUACAUCAACCUUGAUGAGUUAAGUGAUUCAAGGAUAGACAUGAAACGGCUCUUUUAAUUCAUUCAAAUAAUUAAUAUUAAACUACAUAAAGUAUUAUUAUUAAUUACAAAUGUGAGAAUUAUACAUUAAAGCAUGGAUUUUGAAGUUAGACUUUGAAUUUUGAUGUAAAUUCCUCUUCUGCACACACACAUAUUACACAAAGUAUUUAGUUUAAUUACAUCAGAAGUAACUAAUUAAAUUACAGAAAAAAUAAGAGUAAUCCCUUACUUUACUUUUUCAAGGGAAAAGUAAUUAAAUUACAGUAACUAAUUACUUAGUAACUAGUUACACCCAACACUGGCCAUAACCAUAAGUUACAAGUUAGAUUUGUGUACAAAGAAUAUUAAAAAAGUGCAUGAUGCAUGGUAUGUGGAGUCUGUCAAGAAAAUCGAUGUCAUUUGUCAUUUGCAUCAAUGCAUACAAACAAUGUUGUAAAAAAUGUAUGAAAGUAAAAGUUCUAUUAAGUAAAAUGUUUUUGUUUUAUGAAAAUAUCCUCAUAUAAAAAUAUAUGUUAUAUAAAAAGUGUAAAAAUGUAACGUGGGUUGAUUAUUUUACAAGCAUUGACUACAAUUUGAAGAAAUGUAUGAACAGAGGGAUAAGAAAUAGUUUAGUCUUUCAUAGAUAGUUACAAUUUGUAUGCAUGCACAGCACUGAAAACAUACUUAUGGCCAUUAGGGGUGUCCUCGACUAAGGAUGUACUAAGGAUUUUUAAUUGUCAUGUCUUGCCUAUAGUCGACUGUUAGUCGAAUCACUCACGCGCGUAAUCUUCGACUAUUCAGGGUCACCCCUAAUGGCCAUAUUUCUGAUUUACAGUUUAUGUUCGGUCAGUGUAACACUUAACAGUUCAAUUUUCAGACCAUGCAAAUGCAAAAAUGAAAAAUUGAAACGAAAUGACAUCUUUUUUCAUUUUGUGGGUUACAUUGUCAAUGGAAUAUUUUUCAUUUUUUAUUUUACUUUUACUAAAUUGUGACUCAACAAAUGAUCAUUUAAACGAAAGCUUUUUUGUCUUGCCAUACGCUGUGGGCUGUACCAUUAGCACGGGGUGUGGACUGUCUGGAACUGUUUUAUAUUACAUGGACGGCACAGGCUGAUGGUAUUUCUCUGUUCCUGUGCUAGUGAGCGGCUCUGGUGGUUACUGGUUGGAGCGGCACUCCGUCAUGCCCCAGUGUAAAUGUCAAGUUUAAGAUUGAACAAUUAACCUCUUUUGGAGGUGUAUUCAUUUGCAGUGAUAAUCACAAUCUACACUGACCAAAAUUAUAAACGCAACACUUUUGCUCUUGCUCCCAUUUUUCAUGAGCUGAACUCAAAGAUCGAAGACUUUUUCUAUGUACACAAAAGGCCUAUUUCUUUCAAAUAUUGUUCACAAAACUGUCUAAAUCUGUGUUAGUGAGCACUUCUCCUUUGCCGAUAUAAUCCAUCCACCUCACAGGUGUGGCAUAUCAAGAUGCUGAUUAGACAGCAUGAUUAUUGCACAGGUGUGCCUUAGGCUGGCCACAAUAAAAGGCCACUCUAAAAUGUGCAGUUUUAUCACACAGCACAAUGCCACAGAUGUCGCAAGUUUUGAGAGAGCGUGAAAUUGGCAUGCUGACUGCAGGAAUGUCCACCAGAGCUGUUGCCCGUGAAUUGAAUGUUCAUUUCUCUACCAUAAGUCAUCUCCAAAGGCGUUUCAGAGAAUUUGGCAGUACAUCCAACCGGCCUCGAAACCGCAGACCACGUAUAACCACACCAGCCCAGGACAGCAUCUUCACCUCCAAGAUCGUCUGAGACCAGCCACUCGGACAGCUGCUGCAACAAUCGGUUUGCCUAACCAAAGAAUUUCUGCACAAACUGUCAGAAACCAUCUCAGGGAAGCUCAUCUGCAUGCUCGUCAUCCUCAUCGGGGUCUCGACCUGACUGCAGUUCGUCGUCGCAACCGACUUGAGUGGGCAAAUGCUCACAUUCGAUGGCGUCUGGCACUUUGGAGAGGUGUUCUCUUCACGGAUGAAUCCCAUUGUGCAUAUUUUUUAACCAAAUAACCUAAAUCUGUGUAAAUGGUUAAU